CUUGUGGUGCUGGAGGAGCUGCUGGCGUGAGUGGCCUGGAAUAAAUGUUUCAGAGCAGCCUGCAGCUCCUGCCUCCCAUCAUACAUAAUGUAAUGCUUCAUCAUGUUGCCCAUCUGCUACGAUCGGACGCCGCGCCGCUCACAUCCUCCUGCUGGCUCGCCCUCAGUAUUACGCAGGUGGUGGGUCUGAGGGCCUCAGGUUGCCUCCAUCGAUGUCCUUUAUUCCACGGCUCGUCCCUGCAGCUCCAGCCGCGGGUCUGUUGCAACUUUGUUUGCUCUGAGUAAUGAGUAAUUUGGGCUUUUUAAACGACUCGGCAGUUUGCAGUCGCUGCUGGACUUUGCUGAGAGGCCAAUAAACAUCCCUCUGUGGAGCUCCGACAUCAUGAAGAACCUUUGGGUCUCAGUGGUCUUCUUCUGGUUGGUCUGCGUCAGACAGAGAGCCGACUCGUGUCCGGCGGCAUGCACUUGCUACCAGAGACGGGCCGAGGUGGUCUGCAACGAGGUCCCCCUGAGCGAAUACCCCUCCGACCUCCCGGAGAACACCCACAUGCUCACCAUCCAGUUCACCAACAUCAGCUCCAUCUCGGAGCGGCACCUGAACGCCACCCCUCAGCUGCGGGAGCUUCACCUCUUCAGCAACCAGCUGAGCAGCCUCUCCCCUCACCUGCUCCGCGGCGUCCCCCACCUCACUGUUCUGGAUCUGACCGGCAACAAGCUGAGCCACCUGCCAGCGGAGGUCUUCAGCCACGCGGCCCUCCACAGCUUGGUGCUGAAGAACAACAUGAUUGAAGACGGCAGUCCCGACUGGCUUCCAGAGAACAGCACUCUCACCUGGCUGGAUCUCUCUGGGAAUCAUUUGAAGAAGAUGCCCACGGAGCUGCUUCAGAAGCUGCCACACCUGGAGAACCUGGACCUGUCCAACAACCAGCUGGAGAUGCUGCCUGUAAAGUCUCUGGAUUCCCUGACCAAACUGGAAAGACUCAACCUGCAGAACAACCAGCUCAAGUCGCUGGACGCGUCGGUAUUCGCCAACAACCGCAACCUGACCUACCUGUACCUAGCUCGGAACAAGCUCAGCCAACUUCCUGCCGAUAUCUUCUCACAGCUCAGUCAUCUGAAGCUCCUGAGUCUGGACGACAACAGGCUGAGCCACAUCCCGGUGGGUCUGCUGGACUCGCUGAAGAUGCUGGACGAGGAAGGACUGGACCUCACCAACAACCCCUGGCUGUGCGGCGGCACGAUGAAGUACCUGUGGAAGUGGAUGCUGGAGAACAAGGAGAAGGUUUUUCUCCGGCAAACCGUCACGUGUGCCGAGCCCGAAUCUCUGAAGAGUCGAGCGGUCGAGUCACUGAAAGAAAGUGAGCUUUGAUGCGGCGCUUUUAGAAGUAAUCAUCAUAUAGUGGCCAAAAGCUCGGGUUUAUUUGAGCUCUUGAAGGUCAACAUUAAAAUAUGGAGCCUUGGAGAACAGUCUCUUUUUUCUGACUAAGUCUUUAUCAGAGGGGAUUUAA